AUGGAGAGCCAAGUGGAAAUGCACCCACCUCCAUCAGAUCUCCAUAGAUCUCUCACGCGACAGCUCGGACAGAAGGUCUCUGACCUUGCCCGUGGGGGAGUACGGCUGAAGGAGUAUGAGCGCAGCAGACAGUCCAGCAGUACUGACACUGCAGAGUGGACUGACGGAUCUGCAUCCAAUCUAAACCAGUCCUCAAACUGCAACUCUCGUGAACAGUCAGACGAUGAGCAAUCAGAGGACUCUGUGAAGUUCAAACGGCUUCACAAGCUGGUUAACUCUACACGCCGGGUCAGGAAAAAACUCAUCAAGGUGGAGGAGGGCAAGAAACAUGGCUCUGAAGAUUUUUUGAAUCUGGGGGCACCUCCCACCUGUGAGGACAACACAGCUCUGUAUACAGGGGUCCUAAAGAGGCCCCCUUUGCCCCAGGAGAUCUCCCUGCCUUCCCUCACCCAGGAUCAACUCUCUCUGGAUGGAGACACAGACAGUCUGACCAACUCCCCAUCCUCCAGCAGCCUGGGCACCUGGUCCGGACACAAGCUGGUCAAAACCUUCAAUAAAUCUUCCAGUACCCACGGCCUCAUCCGCCCCCCCAAGAGAACCCCAGUUAGCUCUGGGGGCCUGGGAGGCUCCAAUUCUGUCGUGGGAGGUAGUGGCUCUUCCUUCUCAGAGCUGGAUGGCUGUGGAUUCGACGACGAAGGAAAGCUGUCACGCUCCACAACCGACGGCGAGAUGCGGAAGGCCCUGAGCUCCAUCUCCCAUGGGGUAAGUAACAACGAGGCUCUCUACGCCUACUAUGGCCUCACUAAACCCCGUCCCAAACCCCAUGCCCAGUCCCGCCUCCUGAUCUCCCUGGAUGACGGUCCACAAGGCAGCCCCAAACCCCAACCUGCCAAUCGCCACCAUGGCAGCUGGACGCACCGGAAACCUGAUCCCAACUACGCUUACUCCACCAAACACCUACUGUACCAACGCUCGCGCAACUCCAAGACCCCCAUCUCCCCUCUGUCUGUCACCCCCUCCUCCCCUGCCCGCUGUGAUGUAGCCAAAUCAAAAGGUUUUGGAAGUGGGGGAGGGGGCUGGGUGUUCCCCUCACGCAGGCUGCGAGGUCGAACGGCAGUCAGUGAGCUGAACAUCACCUAUGUGGUAGAGCGGAGCCUGUACGGUCACCUCAACUGGGCCCAGCUGGUCCGCCCGGUUACCCUCAGCCGCGCUGAGCGCCGUUGUCUAUUGGAGGAGGACCGCGAGGCGGACAGGAAGUGGGCGGCCAGUGUGGACCGCUGCACCAAGCGCGUGCUGUUGCGCAUCCAGCAGAAGUCUAGAACGUGCAGCUUUGGGGGCUUUGACCUGACCAACCGCUCGCUCCAUGUGGUCAACGUGGGCUCGGAGGCCAAUAGUAAAGAACAGGAGGCUAUAUACAGAGAAGUGGUCAAAUCCCCCACCACGUCUCGGAUCUCACUGGGCAAGAAGGUGAAGUCGGUCAAGGAGACGAUGAGGAAACGCAUGUCGAAGAAAUACAGCAGCUCCUUAUCUGAGCAGUCCAGUCCGGACGGAGCCCCUGGCUCUCCUCAGUCCCCUCAGCCCGACACCGACUCUCUGGGGAAGCCGAAGCUCAAGGCCGGAGGCUCGGUGGAAAGUCUGCGUAGUUCACUCAGCGGACAGAGUUCAAUGAGUGGUCAGACAGUGAGCACCACUGACUCGUCAGCCAGUAACAGAGAAAGCGUGAAGUCGGAGGAUGGUGAUGACGAAGAGCCGCCUUAUAGAGGGCCGUUCUGUGGCCGAGCCAGAGUCCAUACAGACUUCACCCCCAGCCCCUACGACUCGGACUCCCUCAAACUAAAGCGCGGCGAUGUGAUUGACAUCAUCAGUAAGCCUCCCAUGGGAACGUGGAUGGGCCUGCUGAACAACAAAGUGGGCACCUUCAAGUUUAUCUAUGUGGAUGUGCUGAGUGAGGAAGAGGAGAAGCCCAAGAGGCCCGUGAGGAGAAGGAGGAAGGGCCGACCACCCAAACCCACAUCAGUGGAGGACCUGCUGGAGCGCAUCAACCUCAAAGAGCACAUGCCCACUUUCCUGUUCAACGGCUACGAGGACCUGGACACGUUUAAGUUGUUGGAAGAGGAGGACCUGGACGAGCUGAACAUCAAAGAUCCUCAGCACAGAGCCGUGCUGCUCACUGCUGUCGAGCUGCUACAGGAGUACGACAGCAGCAGUGAUCCAGAGCGUGGCGGCCUGUCGGGCUCCCAGGAGAAGCUGCUGUCUGAAGGUCGGGGCCUGGUGGGAGACUCCCCGCGAGACUCUGGGUGCUACGAGAGCAAUGAGAACCUGGAGAAUGGUAAGAGCAGAAAGGCUUCCCGUUCUUCAGCAGGCCUCCAGUCUCCCGACUACCCCACACUGCCCAUGACCCUUUCAACAGAGGCUCUGCAACAGCACAGCAAGAACCAGCGCACAAAGUUCCCAAAGAGCUUCUUCAUCAAACCCUCCCUGAAGGGCUUCAACCUACUUGGUCUGCGCAAAGCCCAAAGACGGUCCCCCAUCCCAGCCAGUCGCAGCUGUGAGGACCUGGAUGGAACCCCACAGCCCGCUGGACCCUGGAAACGCUUCCACUCUCUGGGAGAUCUGCACUGGGAGCAAAACAUUGAGCGGAAGGAUCUAGGUGUGGAGCUUAAGCUAACCAAGGAAGGACCCAAAUCAGGCAACAGUAGUCCCACCAAGGUCUUUAGAGAUCAUGGUUCCCCAGCUCAGAAUGGGACUCCAACAGUAAGCCCAAAAGGAAGGGCCAACAGACCACCCGUGCCCUCCCAGCUGCCUCUCCGCCCCUCUUGUCAUACCACGCAGUCCUCCAACCCUGCAGAGCUCCUCUCCAGUCCUUCUUCAAGUCCCCCUGAUUCUAAUGCAAGUGGGGAGAGGGUCAUCCGGACUCACUCCAAAAAGCCUCCAGUCCCUCCUCCCGUUCCUGCUAAGAAGUCAAAGGAAAGACUAGCCAACGGCCUGCGUCACUCCCCUCUCCCCCUGCCUUUCACGCCAUCACCUGUUGCCUCUCCUACCCACUCCCUCACCCGCUCUCAUCCCAGUAGCCCUAUAAUUCGCAGCCCCAGCUACGGUGCCCCAGCUCUGCCUGCCAAGACCCCGAGCACCCCCGCCAGCCCCUGUGCCACCUCAUCCACCGCAUCCGCCUCAUCCAUGGGCGAGGAGUCAGACACUCUACCAGCAGUGCAGCCUCCGUGGUUCUCAGAUCGAGGGGGCAAGGUGGCUGUUGCAAGGAAGGUUUCCCAUGCCAAGAUGAGUCCUGACCUGCUAACCCUCCUGGAACAACGGCUGGAGGCUGAGGGCAUCGAUCUUACGGAGGAGCCCUAUUCUGACAAGCAUGGCCGGUGUGGCAUCCCCCAGCCGCUUGUGCAGCGUUACUCUGAAGACUUGGGGCAGCCUGCCAAGGACGUGGCCUCCACCAUGGACCAGCUCCGAGUCAAAGAGCUGCGUAAACAACACCGCAUGGCUAUUCCUUCCGGAGGUUUGACAGAGAUGUGCCGGAAGCCUCUGCCCUCGGGUAACAUCAACACAGUCUCCGAUUGGCUCACCUCCAUCGGCCUGCCAAUGUACGCCACAUCUCUGGCGGCGGCAGGAGUUGACACGCUGAGUCGUGUGGCCUCGUUAACAGAGAGUGGCGUGUGGGAAGCGGGGGUGCGGGAUGAGAGACACGCUCGCCGGCUGGUCAGUGAGGCACGAUUGGUCGGCUCGCACAGAGCGGCGCAGUCCUAACCGUGUUGGUGGAAUCGUAUAAAAUAACAGGUAUCAACUCACUGGUCAGCACCAUCUCAUUUAGGUAGGUGGCCAAAGACUAAUUGGCCACAGGAAUCCAACGAUCACACCAGUGACCACAGCACUACAGUACUUCCUGUCUCGCAUGUGUCAAAAGACUUAAAGUGAGCCCCCCCUGCUCUCUGAUUUUCUCUCUUUAUCGCUCUGUCUUUUCUCAAAUGUUUACGGCAUUGAGGAGUUUUUUUUCCUAACAGCCAAGACAAGAUAUCAGAUGCCUUCUUAGAAAAAGGACUGUAGACUCACUGGGAUGGCUUCCAUUCUGAAGACGCCCCCAAAGUCUGAAAACAAAGACUUGGAUCUGCCUUGAAGAACGAUAGCACACUCUUUUGUAGGAUGGAUGAUUUUUAAAUACAGAAAGGACAGUUUACUUCCUGCAUAUUUCAUAAGUGCUUAAUUUUCAUCUUUUUGUGGCAAGGCAACAUUAUCAGAGGGUCUUUAUUAAAGGAAGUAGCUCGGCCAAAGUGAUUUACUCCUCAUUAAGUGUUUCAUUCCCACUAAUAGGUUCAUAACGACGAUGACAGAAUCCACUUAAUAUCUGGACUUUUUAAUCAACUUAAUACAUACACCGAACUAUGAGUAAUUGGCGGUUUUUAGAUGGCUUAUUUUGUAUAAUGUUUCUGUAUUAUAGCAUUAUGCAUAUCUUCAUUUUAAAAUGAUUUAUAUGUAAAAAAAAAUGUGUUUGCCUUUUGAAUGUUGCUGCCUUAUUUGGAGGCCAGCUACUCAGUCAUUUCUAAGCUGAAACAGCUGACAUCACACCUUUAUAUUUCAUAUUAUACUGUAUGUCCUAUUUCACUGCAUAUCUUGGAUGCACACCCUGUGCUGAUACAAAUACAAGUCUUACAGAAAGCUCUGUUUCACUCAAGUAAUAACAAUCAGCUUGCACAGAAACAAUACAUUCCCAGUGUAUCCAAGCACAUUUUAAGUUGCCUUACCAUUACGAAAGAAUAGCUUAAUCAAAUAAAAUGUAUGUAUAUUAUGGGCUGAACUGUGCUCAAGGUGCAAGCCUUGUUGUUCUGAAUGUGUGUGAGAAAUAUUUGAGAUUUGAAAUAUGGACACAAACACACAGCCAGCUUAUUUCAACCUUACACAUGGAUGUGGACCACAACACAUGAGUCUGAUGGACUGUGGUGUCUAUACUUGUGAAGCUCAGAUGAUAAAACCACAAAACCACAGGGAACGCCACAGACGUCGUCCUGUGUUUAACAUCCCUGUUAAAAAAAACAUUCAGUGUACAUUUUCCAUGCAGAGGGUUGUGGGACAAGGGAGGGAGGAGAAAAUAGAAAUGUUCCAAAGACAGCUGACAUCUGGCCUGUCAUAUCUGGUAUGUAUAAGACUGUCUACACUUUGGUUACAGUUGGUUUGAGGAAUUAGAUUUAUAGCUGAAUAAUAAGCUGUUUGGGACUUUUUAAACACAUUAUACUGUAGCUAUUUAAUCGAUGCCGAUCUAAAGUUGUUAAUUGGAGUUUUCUCAAACACAGUGAGGAUGGAUGGUAAGAACAGGUGUAUCAGGUGAAAAGCUGACCUUGAAGGUCAGCUUACACAAUGACACUAAAUAGUAAAUCAGGGAAACACUGCGUCGGGUCAGCCUGUUACAAAAACUUUGGGCUAAAAACGGAACCGCAAACAGCCAGAAACUCAUUGCUCUUUCAUUCGCGCACUCUGCAUGAAAUGAAGCCAACUUUUGUAUUUUUUCCCCUCUUAUUUCUAACAGUAAGGUUCUAUCUAGUCAGAACUGAACUAAAGACUUAUUCCAUGGUGUUCAUAUUAAAAAAUUUGACCCAAGUGUUAUUGCUGAAAUUAGAGGAUGCUUUUUCUUUUUUUUUUUUGCAGUGGGCACUUGAUAUGUAAAUGUUUUAUGCCUUUUCUCUCUUCAAUCAAAAGUGGUGCUCGGAGAAAGUGAUAGUGUGGGGGGGGGGGGGGUCAUUAUUAAACGAGUAAAAGACCCAAGAAGAUGUUUUGUAAAGACAGAAAUACUGACACUGUAAAUGCACUUUAGAGGGUAAAUCUAGCUGUUUUUGGGGCGGAAUUGGCUACACUUUGUUCACAGGUCCAUCAAUGGACAUUUGUUGCCAGGUAUUGUAAAGGGUUUCAGUGGGUUUUGCUGGUAUUUUAUUAUAGUAUUGAGUUCCCAAUGCCAAGUUUGAUAACCAUUCACGGGUUAAACUGUUCCAGUUACUCACUUCCAGUUUGUUUUUGCAGUCAUAUAAAAAAUAAAUGAUUAAUUACAUAUACGAAAUGCUUAGCAGAAGUUGCACAUUCUGUGUAUGUAAUUGAUAUUUAAAUAACUUAUUUUUUGCUUUUUUUCAUAUCAAUUGUAAUUAGCUGUACUAUAUGAAUAGCAAUACCUUCCUGCAUAAUGCAUAUUGCUUUAGCCAGUGAGGAACUACAGUCUGUAUUGUAAAAUAUGUGUACAAAUUAUUUUAUUUUGGUUUUCAUCUACCUAAU